GGCGGGCCUGGGGUCCGGAAGCUCCGGCGACUCGGCGGCACCCUCCGCUUUGGGGUAGCGGGUCCCGGCAGGAGAUGGGCCCCUCGCGCUCCCGGGGGUGCGCCACGUGGGUGCUGGCCGGGGGCCUCCUGGCGGUGGCCCUGGCGCUGGGGGGCCGAGGCUGUCUCGCCGCCAGCUCAGGUCCCCGCUGGCGCCCCCUCGGCGCGCAGCCACCCCGGGAUCCCCAGGUGGUUCCUGCGUCUGGGCCCGGCCUGAGGACCCCUCCGGGGCGGAGCGGGGCGGGGCCCGAGAGCAGCACGCAGGACUUGCCCUGUAUGAUUUGGCCCAAAGUGGAAUGCUGUCACUUUAAGACUGCAGUGGAAGCACCACUUGGAAUGAAAUUGGACAAGAAAAGGGAAGUCUUUAUCUCACUCUCAACUUCUGCAGCCUCUAGUGGACCAUGGGCUCAUUCCUUAUUUGCUUUUAUACCCUCCUGGCCUAAGAAGAACUUAUUUAAAAGAGAGUCUCCUAUGACACACCACCUGUAUGGGGACAUUUCAAGAGAAGUUCAAGGGACUUCUGAGAAUGGAGUAAUUUUUCAGAAAUGUGCACUGGUGUCUGGGCCAAGCAAAGCACAGACAGCCCACAUAUGGCUGCUUGUUAACAACACCAAGACACCUUCGUCAGCCAACCUCUCAGAGCUGCUCUUGCUGGACAGCAUCGCUGGUCUCACCAUUCGGGACUCCAUCGGAAACAGGACCUCGGAAGGAUUCCAGGCUUUUAGCAAGAAGUUUCUGCAAGCGGGAGAUGCCUUUGCUGUCAGCUACGCAGCCACGCUCCAGGCUGGAGACCUCGGGAUCGGGGAGAGCCUCAAGCUUCCUGCCCAACUCACCUUUCAGAGCUCGUCACGGAACAGAACACAGCUGAAAGCACUUUUUUCCAUAACAGCAGAAGAAAACAUAACGGUUCUGCCGCACCAUGGCCUCCACGCAGCAGGAUUCUUCAUCGCCUUCCUCUUCUCCCUUGUGCUGACCUGGGCUGCCCUCUUCCUCAUGGUUCGCUAUCAGUGUCUGAAGGGAAACAUGCUCACCAGACAUCGGGUUUGGCAGUAUGAGAGCAAGCUGGAACCCUUGCCGUUCACCUCAGCUGAUGGCGUGAAUGAGGACCUUUCCCUUAAUGACCAAAUGAUAGACAUUCUGUCUUCCGAGGACCCUGGGAGCAUGCUUCAAGCCUUAGAAGAGUUGGAGAUUGCAACCCUGAAUCGGGCAGAUGCAGAUCUGGAGGCUUGUCGAACACAAAUCAGCAAGGAUGUCAUUGCCCUUCUACUGAAAAAUCUUACCAGCAGUGGCCACCUCUCACCCCAAGUAGAGAGAAAAAUGAGUGCUGUUUUCAAAAAGCAGUUUCUGUUGCUGGAAAAUGAAAUACAAGAGGAGUACGAUCGGAAGAUGGUGGCAUUGACAGCUGAAUGUGACCUGGAAACAGGAAAGAAGAUGGAAAACCAGUACCAGAGAGAGAUGAUGGCAAUGGAGGAAGCAGAAGAGUUGCUGAAACGUGCUAGUGAGAGGUCUGCUGUAGAGUGCAACAACCUUCUGCGGACCCUCCAUGGCCUGGAACAGGAGCACUUGAGGAAGUCUCUCGCUUUGCAACAAGAAGAAGACUUUGCCAAAGCUCACAGACAGCUGGCUGUUUUCCAGAGAAACGAACUGCACAGUAUCUUUUUUACCCAGAUAAAAAGUGCUAUUUUCAAAGGGGAAUUGAAGCCAGAGGCAGCUAAAACGCUGCUGCAAAAUUAUUCUAAAAUACAGGAGAAUGUAGAAGAGUUAAUGGACUUUUUCCAGGCUAGUAAGAGAUAUCAUCUAAGUAAAAGAUUUGGCCACAGGGAGUAUCUGGUCCAGAACCUCCAGUCAUCAGAGACCCGUGUGCAGGGCCUUCUGAGCACCGCUGCAGCCCAGCUGACUCACCUCAUUCAGAAGCACGAGAGAGCGGGGUACCUGGAUGAAGACCAGAUGGAAAUGCUAUUGGAGCGGGCUCAGACAGAAGUCUUUUCAAUCAAGCAGAAGAUGGACAAUGACUUAAAGCAGGAAAAGAAAAAGCUCCACCAAAAAUUAAUAACUAAGAGAAGACGAGAGUUGCUACAAAAGCACAGGGAGCAGCGCAGGGAGCAGCUUUCCAUCGGCGAGACCUUCCAAGCGGUUGAGGAUGCCGGCCAGUACCUGCGCCAGUGGAGGAGCCUGAUGGAGGAGCACGGCGCCGCCCUGGAGGAGCUGCAGGAGCGUCUGGACCAGGCCGCCCUGGACGAUCUCAGGACCCUAACCCUCUCGCUGUUUGAGAAGGCCACCGACGAGCUGCGGCGCCUGCAGAACUCAGCCAUGACCCAGGAGCUGCUCAAGCGCAGCGUGCCCUGGCUCUUCCUGCAGCAGAUCCUGGAGGAGCACGGCAAGGAGAUGGCUGCGCGGGCUGAGCAGCUGGAGGGAGAGGAGAGGGACAGGGACCAGGAGGGUGUCCAGAGUGUGAGGCAGAGACUGAAGGAUGAUGCUCCUGAGGCCGCAACGGAGGAGCAGGCGGAGCUGAGACGCUGGGAGCACCUGAUCUUCAUGAAGCUCUGCUCCUCAGUCUUCUCCCUGUCUGAAGAGGAGCUGCUCAGGAUGAAGCAGGAGGUCCAUGGCUGCUUUGCUCAGAUGGACAGGAGCUUGGCCCUCCCCAAAAUCCGGGCCCGAGUUCUGCUGCAGCAAUUUCAGACUGCGUGGCGAGAAGCAGAGUUCAUGAAGCUGGACCAGGCCCUGGCUGCCCCUGAGCUGCAGCAACAGUCCAAGGUGAGAAAGUCACGGUCCAAGAGUAAAAGCAAGGGAGAGCUUCUGAAGAAGUGCAUCGAAGACAAAAUCCACCUCUGUGAGGAACAGGCCUCUGAAGACCUGGUGGAAAAGGUUCGAGGUGAAUUGCUGCGGGAGAGAGUGCAGCGGCUGGAGGCACAGGAGGGAGGCUUUGCACGGUCGCUUGUUGCUCUGCAGUUCCAGAAGGCGGCCCGGGUGACCGAGACCCUUUCGGCCUACACCGCCCUCCUCAGCAUCCAGGACUUGCUCCUGGAAGAGCUCAGUGCAUCUGAGAUGCUGACCAAGUCGGCCUGCACACAGAUCCUGGAGUCGCACAGCCGGGAGCUCCAGGAGCUGGAGAGGAAGCUCGAGGACCAGCUGGCGCAGCAGGAGGCGGCCCAGCAGCAGCAGGCCCUGGCAAGCUGGCAGCAGUGGGUGGCCGAUGGUCCCGGGAUUCUGAACGAACCUGGGGAGGUGGAUUCUGAAAGGCAGGUCUCUACUGUCCUGCAGCAAGCCCUGAGCAAGAGCCAGACAUUACUGGAGCAACAUCAACAGAGUUUGAGAGAGGAGCAACAGAACAGUGUCGUGCUAGAAGACUUGUUGGAAAACAUGGAGGCAGACACCUUCGCGACCCUGUGCAGCCAGGAGCUGAGACUGGCAUCGUACCUGGCGAGGAUGGCCGUGGUGCCCGGGGCCACACUUCGCCGGCUCCUCAGUGUGGUACUGCCCACAGCCUCACAGCCUCAGCUGCUGGCCCUGCUGGAUUCAGCCACCGAGAGACAUGCAGACCACGCAGCUGAGAGCGAUGGCGGAGCGGAGCAGGCCGACGUGGGCAGGCGGAAAUGGAGUCUUGCUGUGUUGCCCAGGCUGGAGUACAAUGGUGUGAUCUCGGCUCACUGCAACCUCCGCCUCCUGGGUUCAAGCGAUUCUUCCUGCCUCAGCCUCCGGAGUAGCUGGGAUUACAGGAAACACCAGAGCUGGUGGCAAGCCUUAGACAGCAAACUGCGAGGAGGUCUGAUAAGCAGAGGAUUAGAAAAGAUGCUGUGGGCCCGCAAGAGGAAGCAGAGCAUAUUACAGAAGACAUGUCUCCCUCUCAGAGAGAGGAUGAUAUUCUCUGGAAAAGGAAGUUGGCCACACCUGUCACUGGAGCCCAUUGGCGAACUGGCCCCUGUACCCAUUGUAGGGGCAGAAACCAUUGAUAUAUUAAACACAGGAGAGAAGCUCUUUAUAUUCAGAAAUCCAAAGGAGCCAGAGAUCUCACUGCACGUUCCUCCCAGGAAAAAGAAGAACUUUCUGAAUGCCAAAAAGGCCACGAGGGCCUUGGGCAUGGACUAGCCCAAGGGAAAGCCCCGAGGGAGCAUCUGAAGACAGAAGGGAUGAUUUUCUCCUGCCCACCAGUGUUUGUUUAUAAUGUACAACUCACAAAUAUAAAUUGCACAUGCAGAAGGCACAGACCCCCCAGUGCAUGCCGACUUCCACGGACUUGGUUUAAUCUUGUCUCAUGAAUUUCCAGAUGGCCCCCUCUCUUCCAUAUCACAAGGACAUAAACACUCCUUCCUUUCAGCCCCACCUCCCCAGGGCCCUGGAGGAGACCUCCACCCUGCAAUCCACACCCCAUCCUCUGCUGCAUAAGCUAUGGGCUGUGUGUUGAUAGCCAGAUUCUCUGCUCUUAUGUUUUGUAUUUGUUACAUAUUCUAUUUUUAUAAAGGGAAUUUUAAAAAAUAAAUGUGUUUUGCACAAAGCUGUUUAUUAUAAAA